UUGAUUGACCAAAGGGUCAACGUGGUCCCAGCGUUUCUAACGGAAUUUCUUUUAUACUCUAGGGUGUCAGUCUGUUUCAAACAUAUCCUUUGCUUUAGAUACACUGGUCACCAUUUUCUCUCUACACUUUUGUACUCAAUAUUUCUUGGUGUUGUGGCCGUCGACAGAUUCUGCUUGGGUUACUCGGCGAUUGCUGUUGGGAAGCUAAUGACGCUUGGUGGGCUAGGAGUAUGGUGGAUAAUCGACAUUUUUCUGCUAGUCACUGGAAACCUAACGCCAGCUGAUGAUUCAAAUUGGGAACCGUACUAUUAA